AUGCCUAUGCAAUAUAAGCCAGCCGCUGAAGCACAGAAGGUUAAACCACCUCAAAUUCCAUCUCCAGGUAACAAUUCCUUUUUGGGUGACAUUUUCACUUCGGAUGCUCCAAAAGAUAAGCAAAUCUCUGCUGGGUUUUACAGGCAAGAAAAGGGAGAACCAUUGGUGUACAAGUAUGAUUACGAUGAAAUGAAGAUCAUUUUGGAAGUGGAGGGAGAAUACACCUUGACUGAUGAGACGGGACACAAGGUUUCUGUUUCUCCAGGUGAUGUGUUUUAUUUUCCAAAAGGUACAACUAUAACAUUUGAAACCACUGGGUAUGGUUUAGCUUUCUUUACUGGGUUGAGACCAAAUGGUACGGCGUAA